AAAAGGAUAAAGAGGCUAAAAUUGAUAGAGUGGCGACCAAGGAGGCUAAAAGCAGGCGAAAAAUUAUUAAAAAUCACUUAGGAGAAAUCAAAAAACAAUAUCAAAUUGACUUAGUAAUUGCCAAUGUGGAAAAUGCUACUCACGGCAAAGGUAUGUCGGGAGAACAUUACCAAAAAUUAAAAACUUACGGUGUUGAUAUAAUGACUUCGGGGAAUCAUAUAUUUCACCUCGCCGAAACCCAAAAAGAUAUUGACCAGUUUACCGAUUUGCUUAGACCGCUUAAUUCUAAUCCUUUUCAUCCCGGCAAAGGAACUAUUUU